AUGGAAGUACCGGUGAAUGUAGCGGCAGGCGGCCGUGUCUGGCAACAUGGGACUGCCAACAGAGUCAGAAUUUCGGUGCAAAAGUUGCGUGAAGUUACUUCCCCGUCCGGUGCUGAAGAGCCAGUUUACAUUCCACCCGCUCUGCCAGUGAAUAAACCGUGGGGCAACAAAAACACAUCCGAUGGAAAUGUGUCAGGAGGAACAUCAGAUGAAUAUGACCUUCGAACAAAAUCAAGUGGUCAGCAAACUCAAAGAGAAAGCAACUAUACAUUACAAAAAUGGCAGCAUUCAAAUUCAAAUCGCGAGCAAGUAACUGCAGGACAUGUUCCAACAGAGCCAGGAGAUGGCAGCAGACACGAAGGAAACGAUGUUUUGAUUUCCCAGUAUACCAAAGGACAGAAAGAAGCAAAGAAAGCUAUUGUCAAGAGUAAGAUGCAGAAAGGUCCAAUAGAGAAGAAGGUCAAAGUACAGCUACUGCACAAACCUUCUGUCACAGACUUGGAUUCUUUUACACGUGAUGAAAAAGAGAUCCAUCAUCAUUUCAAUUCUGUCACAACUACAGCAGCUGCCACUGCAGCAGCCAUUGUUGGCACUGCACCUCUCCUUAAGGCGCAGAGUGAUCUUGAUGCUAAGCUUUCUACUGUGGUUGAUUUGGGGAUUAAACUCCAGGAAAUGGAUCAGCAGAUGAAGCAGGUUGUAGAGCGUCAAGCAAAGGCUCGGGCUCAGGAUUCAGGCUCCAAGGAACAGCAAGAAAGAAUCAGAGAGCUGGAGACGCAGUUGAAUACGUUCUUGAAUCAACGACUUUGCCAUUUGGAGAAAUUUCAAGAACAGCAACUUGAACUUCAGUCGCGAAUAUUGACUUCAGCGUUCACAAUGGGCAACACCCAUCCUGUUGAUGCAGCUCCAACACAUUCUGACAAUAUGACACUGAGUUCAGCAGCACAUUGUAGUCAGUCUCUGAAUCAAGGCCUCCAGCAGUUGCCAAGCAACAACAUCCAUUACGUUUCUCAUGGAGAUGUGCCAUCUGACUCCUCUGCAACACUACUGGCUUGUCGAAGUCAUCCUGUAAAUAAUGGAUUUGACAUGGGAGGUUCUCUGCAGACUCCUGCUCCUCGUCAGUUCGCCCCUGUGCCAAUGUCUAAGGAUGUUCAAGUUCAGCAAAAGAAGGCAAAGUCUGCCAUUCAGAAGGCCAAAGUGGAUGCAGUGAUUUCUUUAGGUAGACAAGGUAUGGCAAAGAAAAUAGUAACAGUUGCUGCUGAGUAAGUUAUGAAAGUAGGUUUCAUUUGAUGCCACCCAAUACUGUUUGAUACCUCUUGAUACGUCAAGGGAUUAUACCUUUGGCUAACAUCAGCAUUGUCAGAGGGGCAGAAUGGUGGUGCUUGGGACUGACUGCAUUGCAGUAAAUACAAAGCACUGAACUUUUCAAUCUUGCAAAAUAACAGUUAAUAUUCUACCAUUUGUCAUAGGAAAUAACACUUCAGCUCUACACUUACACAUUGUCAGGAUUCCAUUUCUGUUGAAAGUACAGUUGAUUAGUCUGGAACAAAUUCAGUUCAGUUCAAUUCUGGAUUGUAGUCAAACACUGAGCUGAAACUAUGAGCAUGGUGAAAUCUUUGAGUAUUUUUGGGAAACCUAUAUAACUGUAAGAUGGAGAGGAGGAAUUUUAGCUUUGAAUUGUAGUGUAAUAUCCAGGACAAACAAUAUUGUUCAAAGGUUUGGGAACUUGCAUGUUUUAUUUUUAUUCCUCAUAUGUGCUUUGCAUUAUCUGUACACGUUACGGUGAAUUAUAUACCUUCUGUUCUUUUGUUGAUUUUUUAAAAAGUUAAGGUAGUGAAGUUUUAACAAUUUCUUUUCAUGAGUGAAUAUUUAAGAAUAAAACCAGAGCAUAGAGAGAUCCAGUUAGUUCUCUUUUAACUGUACAUUUUUCUUUCUCAAGUAUAGUUUCCCUUUGAAGAUGACUCGAGUCUGAUUCCUCAAUUACAUUCUGUAUUAGAACAAUCUAAUACAUCUUUUUAAAAGAAAAUUCUCUAGUUCUUUUGUUUAUAUGUAAGUGGCAGAUUGAGUCUUAUGCUGCUAGCUCUGGUAACAAAUUCUGAAAGAGUUAAAGAUGUCUGGUUUGCAGCCAGCUGAAUUUUACUGUCAAAAUAUAAACAACUUAGAGACCCUAGCAUUGUUUGUGGUGAAUUAAUGUAAACACUCAAAUCAGUGCUGUUGUUUCUAGAUUAUUGAAUAUUAGUUAAUUGGUAACCAUAUUUAUUAAGUUUUGUGAAAUCUGUACAACUGUCAAAGAAUUUAAAUGCCUUGCCUCUGUUUUUCUGUGAAAACUAUGAAGCAUACAGCUUGAUUAUGGAUAUCCCUUUACGUAUAAUUGGGGGUAGCAAUUUUAAUGAAGAGGGAUGUAAAGGAAGCUGAAAGAGAUGGCAAGAUUUGGAAAAUUUUCUGCGAUUAAAGAAUUACCACGUAACUUGUCGGAACUGAAAAAUAAAUAAAAAUGUAUUGUAUGUCACCUACUGUUUACAUAAUGUCAGAUGACUUCCUGUAAAGCAGACAAGCAGAGUUUUUUUU